AUGAGCUCUUCACCUGCUGGUUUGGAUUUCGAUUCCAAUGAGAAGAGUCACUAUGUCAAUCCCGCCGACUUGCAGUCUGAUCCUGAGAAGUUUGUUGAGGUUCCGAAAGUCAGACAAGAUGCUUUUGGCGACGAGGAGUUCGCUGAAGUCAAGUACAAAGUACUUAAGUGGUGGCAAUGUGGUCUGCUGAUGGUCGCCGAAACAGUAUCACUGGGUGUGCUCUCACUGCCCGCCGCUGUGGCAGGUCUGGGACUUCUUCCCGCGAUCCUCGUCUUGGUCUUCCUAGGCUCACUGGCCACAUACACCGGCUACGUGAUCGGACAGAUGAAAUGGAAAUAUCCACACAUCUCCACGAUGGCAGAUGCCGGUGAGGUGAUAGGAGGAAAAUGGGGACGAGAAUUCCUCGGUGCUGCACAGAUCAUCUUCUUCAUCUUCAUCAUGGCCAGCCACCUGUUGACCUUCACCGUUGCCAUGAACACCAUCACAAACCACGGCACCUGCUCCAUCGUCUUCGGCAUCGUCGGCAUGGUCAUCUCCUUCCUCUGUUCCUUGCCUCGCACUCUUGAAAAGAUGUCGUGGUUAUCCAUAGUUUCAUUCGCAAGCAUCAUGACCUCAGUCAUAAUCGUCAUGAUCGCCGUCGGCAUCACAAAACCAGGACAAGACGUCGUCGCAGUCGUCAACACAGACCUCUUCCACGGCUUCUCCGCAGUCUGCAACAUCGUCUUCGCCUUCUGCGGCCACGCAGCCUUCUUCGGUCUAAUGGCCGAACUCAAGAACCCCAGAGAUUUCACCAAAUCCCUCCUUCUCCUGCAAGGCAUCGACAUGGGCCUGUACAUCACCGCCGCACUCGUGAUCUACCGGUACGCCGGUAGCGGUGUCACCUCUCCAGCACUAGGCUCCGCCUCACCGAUGGUCGCGAAAGUCGCAUACGGAAUCUCCCUGCCGACUAUCAUCAUCGCCGGUGUCAUCAACGGCCACGUCGCGUUCAAGUAUGUGUAUUUGCGUGUCUUCCAGGGCACAGACCGCAUGCACAAGCGCGAUUGGAUCGCCACGGGAUCAUGGAUCGGUAUUGCUCUCGCAUUGUGGAUCUUGGCGUGGAUUAUUUCCUCCGCGAUCCCCGUGUUCAGUAACCUGCUCAGCUUGAUUACCGCGUUGUUUGCUAGUUGGUUUACCUACGGCUUCAGUGGUAUCUUUUGGUUGUACAUGAAUAAGGGUCUGUGGUUCUCGUCGCCAAAGAAGAUUGCCCUUACUUGCCUGAAUUUGUUUGCUAUUUCUGUUGGCGUCGCGCUGUGUGGUCUUGGUCUUUGGGUCUCCGGGAAAGCUCUUCAUGAUAACCCCAGCAGUGCUAGCUUUUCUUGUGCGAAUAAUGCUUAG